GGGACCCUGUACCCCAGAGCCACCCUGGUCCUUCGCUGCCCUGCCAGCUGCCUUGCCUCUCCCCAGGAGACGCUGAUGGGGAAGUACGGGGAGGAUGCGAAGCUCAUCUACGAGCUGCAGGACCAAGGAGGGGAGCUGCUGGCCCUGCGCUACGACCUGACCGUGCCCUUCGCUCGCUAUUUGGCGAUGAACAAGAUCACCAACAUGAAGCGCUACCAUAUCGCUAAGGUCUACAGGCGAGACAACCCAGCCACGACCAGGGGCCGCUACAGGGAGUUCUACCAGUGCGAUUUUGACAUUGCUGGGUGGUUCGACCCAAUGAUUCCCGAUGCUGAGUGCUUGAAGAUCGUGCAUGAGAUCCUGAGUGACCUGCAGCUUGGGGACUUUCUCAUUAAGGUCAAUGACCGACGGAUUUUGAAUGGCGUGUUUGCCGUCUGCGGCAUCCCAGAGAGCAAGUUCAUAACUACGUGCUCUGCUGUGGACAAGCUGGACAAGAUGCCAUGGGAAGAAGUGAGGAGUGAGAUGGUAGGAGAGAAGGGCCUCUCUCCUGAGGCCGCAGAUCACAUUGGGGAGUAUGUCCAGCUUCACGGUGGCCUGGACCUGAUCGAGCGG